AUCAUAAAUAUUCGAGAUGUAUUAAAUGUGAAUUUAUUCGAAAAGAUUUUACGGAGUUUUCAUGGGGUCAGAUGUUCGGUUUCUUAUUUUGUUUAUUCUUAUGUUUUUUACGUAUGAUUGAAAGCAACGCUUUCGUACGUACAGUAUUGAUGUACAAUUUGUACGUACAAAAUUUCGCCUUCAUAUUUUGUAAAGAAACGUACAUCUUAUUUUACAUGUUGCAGGAAGAAAAAUUGCACGACUUAUUCAGCAGAGAAGUGUAUACACGGCACAGAAAAAAACCGUGUUCAGAACAACAGAAAACUUAUAGAGCUUGAAUUUGGUGAAGAAUGCGUGUGGUUCUGGAAAUAACUGAAAGGUCUUGUGACAGACAUGUGUUGCGAUACUUAACUUAUUUGCGAAAACGCUAUUUGAAUAUCCGUGAACUCGCUUACCUGCAAGACUUCGCCAAUCUUGAGACCAUUGAAAACAUGAUUAAUCCAAAAGACAUUAUUCGCGAUAUGCUGGUAAUAUAUUUGCGCAACGCAUUUGAUAUUUAUAGACAACCUUAUCUCUUAAAUGAAUUCGUUUUUAUAUACUACGACGAAAGUAGAAAUGAAUACUCAUACAAAUUUUCUAACAAUAUGAUGUUCAGUGAUGAUAUCACGAUUUUAUGUUUUUUAUAUAAUAUGAUAAAAUUUCGUCUUAUUUAUUAUGGCCAAAUAGUACAGAUCUUGAUAUCAUUAAUGAAAAGUAAGUACGGAAUAAUUGAAAUGUUGAAAAUAGAAGACGACUCAUCGGAAAAUAAGAUUGCAUUGUUAAAUGUAGCACUAUCAUUUCCGAGUGUAUCAUGGGAUAUGGCUAACUAUCUCAAAAUUUGUACUAACGUUUGUGCUAUAUUACCUGAAUUUGAUUUUCCUAAAAUAAUCUGUAUACCUGCGAUUGUUACUAUUCUUCCCAGAUCAAUGCAAUCGCCACCUUUCGCAAUGCUCAUGAUUACAAGACUUUAUAAUAUCGAAGCCGAAUUGAAAGAAGAGAACUAUGAAAAUGUUGAAAAGAGUUCGUUAUCUGAAUUGUACGAUGCAAUGUAUGAAUUAUAUGAAUGUCAAAUGUUUCCUGAACGUUUGAAAAUAGAACUUUGCGAGAAGUGGCAGAUUGUGGUUAAGGAGGGAAAUACGUAUAAAUAUGCACCUUAUUUUGCAGAAUAUCGUCAAAAAGCUAAAGAUAUGAUAACAAAUAUAAGAUUAGACGAUCCAGACUUAGAAUAUAUACUUUCUCUAAUUUAACUUAAUUUUUUCUGUAUUACUUAUAAUCAUGAUUAAUUAACGUCAUAUUGCUUAAUAUUUGCGACAGUUGACGAUUAAUAAAUGACUAAUGAACACGAUAUAUCUGUAUUGCUAUAUUUAGAAAGUAAGAAUUUUUUUUUUAU